CUUGUCCCCUGUGUAAAGAAGAUAUGAUAAACUCGGAUAUGUAGCGUUCAUAGGGAUUGACUGGACCUAAAAUUCCGAAUGAGUUCAUAAAGUUGGGUGAAAAGAGAUGAGACGACCUGCUUAUCUGAGAGCAUGAACGUAAAAUAACUGAGUGAGACCUCUGGCGCUAGCAAGGUUAGCUUAGUUUGCUAACUAUAACAAACAGGGGUGAAUGCAACGUCGUAUUCACAGUGACAUAAACUAGGUUUUCACAGAGUUUAUGUGGAGAAAAGUUGCUCUGACUUUGUGAAAAUGUCUAAAGUCCAAAUGCUGAGAUAUUUAGUGAACCAGAGACUGUCUGUGGCGGUUGAGGAGAUUUUUGAUCUGUUUGAAAGAACAAUAGCAGAAUACGAGGAACAACUUCAUCGAUCAAACGAGGAAAAUCAUCGACAACAAAAACUACUGGACGCUGUUUUCAACCCUGAAGUCCAGCUACAAAGAGCAGACAUCCAACAGCUGAUGGGAAGUAAAAAGGAGUUUCUCCCCGAGCAGCAGGAGGUGGUCGUUCAUCUGAGGCACGAGGAUCCACCAGAACCAGCAAAUAUUAAAGAGGAACUGGAGGAACUUUGGAGCAGUCAGGAGACAGAGCAGCUUCAAGGAGAAGAGGAAGCUGACCUCAGCAUGCUCACAUUCACUCCUGUUCCUGUGAAGAGAGAAGACGAGAAUGCAGAGAAAGCUCAGUCCUCACAGCUUGAUGAAAACCAGAACAGAGACAUGGGAUAUUUAAAAACAGAAUCUUACCAAGAGGACCGUGGAGUAUCAGAUGCAGACAGAGACUUUAAUCCAGACACUCAUUUACAGCCAGUUACUCCUGAACAGUCCUCUGACCUUUCCAGAUCUGAGACUGAUGAUAGUGGUGAGUGGGAGGAGAGUGAUGAACCUCUGCAAGGCUUAGAGACUCAGCAAAACAAAGAUGACACUGACAUUUCUGUGCAGUGUAACUCUGUAAAUGCAUCAGUUAGCUUCUCUGAAUGUGCUCCAAACUCUAGACAGAAGAAACACACUGAAAAAGAAAAAGUAAAGAAACCAUAUCACUGCUUAGUUUGUGGUAAAAGAUACUGCAGAGAAAAAUACUUGAAGGUCCACAUGAUAAGUCACAUAGAAAAAGAAUAUUUCCACUGCUCAGUUUGUGACAGAAGUUUUCCACUGAGAGAAGAGCUCAUGGCUCACAUGAGAAUCCACACAGCAGAGAAACUCUUCAGUUGCUCUCUCUGUAGCUCUACAUUCACAAGCCAGUCAAGUUUGGUAAAACACCUGAAAGCUCAUACAGGAGAGAAACCUUUCGCCUGCUCCAUUUGUAACGGAGCUUUCAGACACAAAAGAGAAUUGGAUUUACACAUGAGAAUGCAUACUGGAGAGAAACCUUUUAGUUGUACUGUUUGUGGGAGAAGAUUUGCAAGAAACAGACACCUGAAAAUACACUCCACUGUUCACACUGGUGAGAAAGCGUACAGUUGUCCAAUUUGUGGGAAAAGAUUUUCUCAAAGUGGAAAUCGGAGGCGACACAUGAUUGUCCACACAGGAGAGAAACCGUUCAGUUGCAGUAUAUGUAAGCAAGUGUUCACCCAGCGUGACAGUGUUAGAAGACACAUAUUAGUGUGUCACAAGUCUCCAACCAGUCCUUGCCAAGAGAAAUGAAAUAAUUUUUUAAUACACUUUAGUUAUAUAGUGUCAUUUAUACAAUAUGACAUUUAAAAUAGCACCAAUAAUGCUUAAACAGAAGUCAUACUUUUCUGGAUGUAGGUGAUUUAUCUUUGCAUUAAAAUGAUUUAUUAAAAAUGUACAAAAAUAUUAAGAAACCUGCCUUCCAAGUGAGCAGGUUUACAUUAUGCUGACAUGCCAGUCUUGAUAGGCUGUUUCAUUUAAGUGUAUUAUGGGAUAUGUCUCACAUCAGUCAAGGCAACCUUCCAUACAUGGUGUUUGGGAAGGGCAGAACCUCUUCAGAAAUCUUGGAGGGUGAUUGGACAAGCCUUUUGUCUGUCAGUGGGCAUAGCCAGCUCAGCCUGGUGUGUAAACUAUAAAACAUGAACUUGACACACAGACUUUUGUAUUGUAUACUUAUCAGCGGAACUAGUUGGUGAAAGAAACUCGGUCAGGAGUAGAGCAGAACACCUGUCCCACCAAGUAAAGUUUUCAGUGAGGUUCUUUGCUCCUCUUUUAAGAACUUCUUCUCCACAACUUACACUUGAUUGGUCUGCCCAUUCUCGAACCUGGCACGGAUGUUUAAGAUUAAAGCUUUUAAGAUGGAUCUGCAUAAAGACAUUCGUGAAAUCUGGCCAAUCCAUCAGCUUUGCAAGGAUGGGUUUACUUGACUGACCUCAAAGAUCUGGCUCAAUGGAAACGCUUGUGUAUCUUUCUGAAAAUGCACACAAGAAUUAUUAGAAAUGAUGGAUGAAAUAAAUCUAAUUUUAAUUAUU